AUGCCAUCCUCACAAAUUCCGUCCCCAUUAGAUCUUUCGAUCCAAUCCUCGGGCCCGACUACUCUCAUCUUUGACCUUGGAGAUGUCCUCUGGACAUGGUCAGGCGCCACGUCUACCACCAUCCCACCACGCACCAUGAAGUCCAUAGCCCGUUCUCAGACAUGGCACGACUACGAGUGUUCACUUCUAUCACAAUCCGACUGCUACCGUCUCGUAUGCGAGCAGUUCGACCUCGACCCGACGGAGUUCGCUCAGGCAGUGGAUGACGCCCACGACUCGCUCGUGGCGAACGAUGAGUUCGUGGGAUUUAUUCGGGAGUUGAAGGAGGACUCGGGCGAGUCGCUGAGGGUAUAUGCGAUGUCUAAUAUCUCGAAGCCGGACUAUGAGGUGUUGAGGACGAUGUCAAGCCAUUGGGACGUUUUUGACGGAGUCUUUACGUCCGGGGAGGUGGGCAUGCGGAAGCCAGACGUUAGGUUCUUUGAGCACGUCUUACAUCAUAUUGGUGCCGACCCACGAAGCGCUGUCUUUGUCGACGAUAAGCUGGUCAACGUCGAUGCUGCUCGCUCGCUCGGGAUCCAAGGCAUCGUUUGGGACACCUCCGAGAACGUCAAACGCUCCCUCCUCGCCAUCGUCGACUCUUUUUCUCCUCCCGCAUCCCCCUCACCCAUGACACCAACAACACCGACCUUCCUGCACGUACAACAAUACACGCCCAUCACUAUUUCCGAGGAGUCUGACCAUACUUUCCACGUCAAGUCUGAAGGCUAUCAUACAUCUUUCGAACCGAAGGUGGACGUAGGCUUGAGACGAAUGUGGGCAUGGGUUCGGAGGAGAAGUCACUGGCGUCUGCGACUCGGACGAUCGUAAGUUUGUGAGAGGGUAGCCUUAAUCAUC